UCCCAUGUCUCCAACAUAUAUAGAUAAAAAACCACCAAAAACAACAACAGUAGCAACGCCGUCAGCUUCUGAUAUUUUGAAGGAGGCGAAAGCAAUCAGGGACGUGUCCCUCCCAAUGAUCCUGACCAGCCUCAUCCUCUACUUGCGCUCGUUGAUCUCCCUCGUGUUCCUCGGCCACCUAGGCCCCCUCCCCCUCGCGGGUGGCGCCCUGGCCGUCUGCUUCGCCAACAUCACGGGCUACUCCGUCCUCUCCGGCCUUGCCUCGGGCAUGGAGCCCAUCUGCGCCCAAUCCCACGGGGCCCACCGCUUCAAGCAACUCGGCCUCGCCCUCCAACGCGCCUCCCUCCUUCUCCUCCUCGCCUCCCUCCCCAUCUCCCUCCUCUGGCUCAACAUGCACCACCUCCUCCUCCUCUGCGGCCAGGACCCCGCCAUCGCCGCCGCCGCCCGCUCCUACAUCCUCGCCUCCCUCCCCGACCUUGCCGCCAACUCCCUCCUCCACCCCCUCCGCAUCUACCUCCGCACCCAAUCCAUCACAAUGCCCCUCGCAUACUGCGCCGCCCUCGCCGUCCUCCUCCACAUCCCCAUCACCUACCUCCUCGUCACCGUCCUCUCUCUCGGCGUCCCCGGCGUCGCCGCCGCCGCCGUCAUCACAAACCUCAACCUCGUCCUCUGCAUCCUCGCCUACGUGGCGAGGUCAGGGGCUUACAUAAAAACAUGGGGCGGUUUCUCCAACAAAUCCCUGACAAACUGGGGACCACUCCUGAACCUCGCGGUUCCCAGCUGCGUCAGCGUUUGUCUAGAGUGGUGGUGGUAUGAGAUCAUGAUCCUCCUAUGUGGCCUCCUGGCAAACCCCAGGGCUACCGUUGGGUCCAUGGGGAUCCUCAUCCAGACCACCUCCCUCAUAUACAUUUUCCCCUCCUCCCUGAGCAUGGGGGUCUCGGCCAGGGUCGGGAACCAGCUCGGGGCGGGGCGGCCGCAGGGGGCCAGGACUGCCGCCGUCCUCGGCCUCUGCGCCAGCUUCCUCACCGGCAUCGCCGCGCUGGCGUUCGCGGUCUCGGUGAGGAACGUCUGGGCGGGGAUGUUCACGGGAGACGCCGAGAUCGCGGCGCUGACGGCGGCGGUGCUGCCGGUGAUCGGGCUGUGCGAGCUCGGGAACUGCCCGCAGACGACGGGGUACGGGGUGCUGAGGGGGACGGCGAGGCCGAGGAUGGGGGCGGGGAUUAAUGUGGGGUGCUUUUAUCUGGUGGGGAUGCCGGUGGCGGUGGGGCUGUGCUUCUACCUUGGGUAUGACUUCAAGGGGCUGUGGAUGGGGCUGCUGGCGGCGCAGGCGUCGUGCGCGGCGGCGAUGCUGGUGGUGGUGAUGAGAAUGGAUUGGGAUGAGGAAGCUAGCAGGGCCAAGGAGUUGACUGGAAAAGCCGACCAUGAAAGCGAUGGCUUAAUUUCUUCAUCGGAUGAUAUCAAAGUGAAUGAUGACUCUCCGGCUUGAAAUUGAAUGAUUAUAUUUAAUCAAAUUAAUAUUUUGUUAGUUCACCAAUUCAUUCCCAUCUCUUUUUUUUAUACUAGUACUAUUUUGGGGUUUGUAUAAAUUAAAAGAUGGGGA